GCUCAUGUGCUGGCAACUGGCCGCCUUCCACUUCCACGCAACAAUCACACAGAGCUGACUUCCACUCGCAGCCUCGCUGGCGUCAGCGCAAGGUCGAAAGUGCGCAACUUUUAGAAGUAAAAGGUCGAGCCUCUGCCCGUGACGGACACCAUGACCUCCGACCUCAACCUGACCUCCCUGCUGAACGUGAGCGAGCUGCACAACCACUCCCGGGGAUGCUCCCUCACCAAGACGGGCUUCCAGUUCUACUACCUGCCCACCGUCUACAUCAUGGUCUUCAUCACGGGCCUGGUGGGCAACAGCCUGGCCAUCUGGAUGUUCCUGUGCCACAUGCGGCCGUGGAGCGGCAUCUCCGUCUACAUGUUCAACCUGGCGCUGGCCGACUUCUGCUACGUGCUCUCCCUGCCCUUCCUCAUCUUCUACUACUUCAACAAGACCGACUGGGUGUUCGGCGACGUGCCGUGCCGGCUGCAGCGCUUCAUCUUCCACGUCAACCUCUACGGGAGCAUCCUGUUCCUCACCUGCAUCAGCGUGCACCGCUACAGCGGGGUGGUGCACCCGCUCAAGUCCCUGGGCCGGCUCAAGAAGAAGAACGCGGUGGUCACCAGCGCGCUGGUGUGGGUGGUGGUGGUCCUGGCCAUCUCGCCCAUACUCUAUUACUCGCGGACCGGCUUGAAGCGUAACGCCACCAUUUGCUACGACACCACCACGGAGGACGAGCUGCCCGGGUAUUUCAUCUACAGCAUGACGCUGACCGUCUUCGGCUUCUGCGUCCCGUUCAUCAUCAUCUUCUGCUGCUACGGCAUGAUCGUCAAGGCCUUGAUCUGCAACGACAUGAACAAUGCGCCCCUGCGGCAGAAGUCCAUCCACCUGGUCAUCAUCGUCCUGGCGGUCUUCGCCGUCUCCUACUUGCCCUUCCACGUCAUGAAGAACCUCAACAUGCGGGCCAGACUGUACUUCCAGAGCCCGGCCAUGUGCGACUUCAACAACCGGGUGUACGCCACCUACCAGGUUACCCGGGGAUUGGCCAGCCUGAACAGCUGCGUGGACCCCGUCCUCUACUUCCUGGCCGGCGACACCUUCAGGAGGAAGUUGUCGCGGGCCACCAAGAAGCCCUCCCGGAAAGGGGAUCAGGCGCUGCAGUCGAAAAGCGAGGAGACGGCGCUGAACAGCCUGGCGGAGCACGUGGAGAAUGGCGACCGGCGGAUGUGAGACUGCGCGGAAGUGAGCUUUUUAUGAUCCGGAUCAGGGGUGUCAAACGUGGAUCAGGUUUUACCCGGCCCGUAGGAGGAGUCUGCUAACUUUAGAGUGUCCGCCCUGAGAUGGGUGGGUCGUGAGUUCAAACCCCGGCCGAGUCAUACCAAAGACUAUAAAAAUGGGACCCAUUACCUCCCUGCAAGGGUUGGAAUUGGGGGUUAAAUCACCAAAAAUGAUUCCCGGGCGCAGCCACCACUGCUGCUCACUGUUCCCCUCACCUCCCAGGGGGUGGUCAAGGGUGAUGGGUCAAAUGCAGAGAAUAAUUUUUCCACACCUAGUGUGUGUGUUUUAACUUUAACUUUUUAAAAUGAGAGCCAUUACCUCCCCUGCACUCAGCAUGAAGGGUUGGAAUUGGGGGUUAAAUCUCCAAAAAUGAUUCCCGGGCGCGGCCACCACUGUUGCUUACUGCUCUCUUCACCUCCCAGUGGGUGGAACAAGGGGAUGGGUCAAAUUGCAGAGGGCAAUCUCACCACACCUAGUGUGUGUGUGUGACUAUCAGUUGUACUUUAACUUUAACCUUAUAAAAAUGAGCCGACAUUUUGGAAGGAAAGGAACUGUUGUUCUAAAUAUGUCCACUAGAUGUCACAAUAGCAAUUCUUUGUAGAUUAAAGUUCAGGUUAAAGUUCCAAUGAUUGUCACACACGCACUAGGUGUGGUGAAAAUUGUCCUCUGCAUUUGUCUCGUCCCCAAGUUCACCCCCCCUGGGAGGUGAGGGGAGCAGUGAGCAGCAGAGGUGGCCGCGCUCGAGAAAUAAUUUUGGUGAUUUAACCCCCAAUUCCAACCGUGGAUGCUGAAGUUGCAUUAUCUUGUUGUAGUGCAGGAUAAAAGAGCAAUAAGGUGCAGAUAUAAAUAAAUAGAUUAUUGUAAAGAUAAAUAUAUUGCACUUUUGCAUAUGCAUCCACGUUUAUGGAUGUAUGUUGUAUUGUCUUUGUAUUCCAGCCACUUAAUCCAUUUUUGGGGGGAAUUGAGGGGAUUAUUAUGAUGCGUUCAAGAGUCUUAUGGCCUGAGGGAAGAAAUAAUGACAAAUAAAGAUAAAAUACUAUUAACCACAACAUGUAAGUGUUAAAAAACCCCAACAACAUUAAAAGUUAAAGUUAAAUAUUAUGAUUUGUACAUUUUCAUAAUGUGCUUGUUCUAUUUUUAAACAAAGAAAACAAUCUGAAGUUGUCUUUAUUUUUAGGUUAUCGUGCCGUGAUUUUACCAGUCCGGCCCACUUGGGAGUAGAUUUUUUUUCCAUUUGGCCCCCCUAUCUAAAAUGAGUUUGACACCCCUGACCUAGAAGCAACAGUGUUGGAUAAUGGAAGCAUUUGUGUGGACCUGAAGACCUUGGACCGUAAGAUGAAUGCUUCAUUGUAAGCCCCUGAUGGACGUCCAUACAGAUAAGCUCUUGUGCCGUGUUGCUGUGGACACAAGUUGGCCACUUUAGGUACGCCUGCAAGUUUAAAAAAAAAAAAAAAAGGCUUUUAUAAAGUCAAUAAUACUCAGUUUUAAUAGUAGGUCCCAUAUUUCACUCAAGUCAGAGGUGUCACGAUAGCCAUUUCAAAAGUGUGUUGUCCGAAACCUCGUCUUGAUGCUGGAAUGUAAAGGGUUUGAAAGUAUUUACUAAGCACUGUGUUGUGGAUCCCUUUUUUAAUAAGCUGUUUUUGCAGUUGGACUCCAAGGAACCAAUGUUGUACGUAUAGUAGUACCUCAACUUAGCAUGAGUUGUUAAGUGAAUUACAUUGCUUUGUUCUAGAGCAGGGGUGUCAAAGUCAAGGCCCACAGGAAUUAAUUGUCUAUGUCAUAUAGCACGGUGAAAGAGGGGUUUGUGCGUCUGCCUCACAACACAAAGGUCCUGGGUUCGAUCCUGUGCUCGGGAUCUUUCUGUGUGGAGUUUGCAUGUUCACCUUGACUACGGCUUCCUCCAAAGAUAUGCACCUGGGGAUAAGCCCCUCCCACCUCCAAAGACAUGCACCUGGGAAUAGGUUGAUUGGCAACACUAAAUUGGCCCUAGUGUGUUAAUGUUGUCUAUCUGUGAUGAGGUGGCGACUUGUCCAGGGUGUACCCCUCCUUCCUUGUCCAGGGUGUACCCCGCCUACCACCCGGGUGGCUCCAGCGACCCCAAAUGGAAUAAGCGCUAGAAAAUGGAUGAAGGGAUAUUUGAUUAUAUAAACUAUCCAUCCAUCCAUCCAUCCAUCUUCUUCCGCUUAUCCGAGGUCGGGUCGCGGGCGCAGCAGCCUAAGCAGGGAAGCCCAGACUUCCCUCUCCCCAGCCACUUCUUCCAGCUACUCCCGGGGGAUCCCGAUGCGUUACCAGGCCAGCCGGGAGACAUAGUCUUCUCAACGUGUCCUGGGUCUUCUCCGUGGCCUCCCACCGGUCGGACGUGCCCUAAACACCUCCCUAGGGAGGCGUUCGGGUGGCAUCCUGACCAGAUGCCCGAACCACCUCAUCUGGCUCCUCUCGAUGUGGAAGAGCAGCGGCUUUACUUUGAGUUCCUCCCGGAUGACAGAGCUUCUCACCCUAUCUCUAAGGGAGAGCCCCGCCACCCGGCGGAGGAAACUCAUUUCGGCCGCUUGUACCCGUGAUCUUGUCCUUUCGGUCAUAACCCAAAGCUCAUGACCAUAGGUGAGGAUGGGAACGUAGAUCGACCGGUAAAUUGAGAGCUUUGCCUUCCGGCUCAGCUCCUUCUUCACCACAACGGAUCGAUACAGCGUCCGCAUUACUGAAGACGCCGCACCGAUCCGCCUGUCGAUCUCACGAUCCACUCUUCCCUCACUCGUGAACAAGACUCCGAGGUACUUGAACUCCUCCACUUGGGGCAAGAUCUCCUCCCCAACCCGGAGAUGGCACUCCACCCUUUUCCGGGCGAGAACCGUGGACUCGGACUUAUAUAAACUAUAUAAAUCUAAUCCACUAUAUUUAUUAUUAUUAUUAAUACUCCAUCAGUGUUGGCGCGAGGAUUUUUUAAAAUGGGGUCCCACAGUACAUUUUUGGGGUCCCACUUUUUUGUAACCGUUGUUUAUUGUUUAUUGAGGAUCCCCAUUAGUCUUCCUGGGGCCUUUUUCAAAACGUCAAAGUAAAAUAAUACACAGAUCCGGUUACAAAACAUCCACAAAUUCAAUUACAAAUAAAAGAAAGAAAAAAGGAAAAGAAAAAGAAAAAUUCUCAAAAAUAAUACAAUAAAAUGACAGUACGCAGAUUCAGUUACAAUAAAAGAAAGGAAAAAGAGAAAGAGAAAAAAAACAAGUUUUCAAACUGAUAACAUGAAAGAUUGUUUUUGAAGACUUUUUUUUACUGGGAAUAGUCCUAAUAUUUAAAUGAAGUGUAUUCCACAAUGAAAUGCCUCUGUGUACAACAUUGAAUGAGUGCUUGGUGGUGGUAAUGCCAGUAGACCUUUAGUUGAACAUCAGCAUUAGAACCAAGCUGCUUCAAAAGAGCUGUGGGGUACUUGUUAUGAAUAAUGUUUCUAAUUAAUAACAAUAACCUGCUGGAUAAUCUAUGAUUAACCUUCAGGUUUGAAAACAGAUGACAAAUGUAUGCAUUAUCCUGUUAUAUCUCACAUUCUAUAUUGUGUUUUGGAAAAAAAGGUUGUCAUAAACAUUACUUAAUUCAUAAAAAAAAAAAUAAUACAACAUUUUUAUGCAUAUGUAAAUGUAUUCAGAUAUAAACAUUCAUUCACUUUCUUCUUUCCUUCAUGGAUCUAAACUUUACCGCUGCCGGUAUUGUUUUCUAUAUUUUCACUGUGAUAUUUUCAAGAUGUGUUUGUUCUAUUUUCGGCCAAAGUAAGACAAAGAAAACAAUCUGAAGUUGUCUUUAUUUUUGUUGUUUUAAUGCCAUGAUUGUAAUGAGCUAAAAUGAGUUUGACACCCCUGUUCUAGAGACUCAAAGCGCUUUACAUAGUGAAACUUAUCAUCUACAUCUUUAAGGCACAUUUAAAGCAUUGUGGGUGGCACUGGGAGCAGGUGGGUAAAGUGUCUUGCUCAAGGGCACAACGACAGUGACUAGAUGGCAGAAGUUCAAUUGGUUCUGUAAAAGAGCUCUUAGCUCAAAACACUUGUGUCUGAAAUCCAUUUAAUGGGCGCUUACCCUGCACCCCAACUUCAGCAUUUUAACGUGUGACAUGCCUUUUAAAAAGAAAAAACACAUUGUAGAUAAAAAUGUUACAAUACAAUACAACCAAAUGUACUACUGACAAGUCAAGUGAUAAUAAUGUACUGCAUCUACUGUAUCCCCUUCCAGCUGGUCAGCAGCUUUUUCUUACUUUCAGGGAUGAAUGUCCGCCGUUAAGAUAUCAUUUUUUUGUUUUUUGGCUGGCGUUAGACUCAUUCUGCUUCAUUUUGGUGCAGGCUAGCAAUGAGACGCUCAAAUUGCUUUGCUAAGUUGGCGAAACAUUUAAAAAAAAAAAAAAUUCUUUAAUUCGGUGACUAUUAUCCACUUCCUUCCCGUGGUUGGAAAACAAAGUGAUGUCUAUCGCAAGCUAUAAACUAACGCUUACGAGUAAGACCAGAUGAUUUGGGCAAAUCUUAAGGGAUUCACGGCAGCGUUUUCGGCACCAUCUAAUGGUGAGGAUGCUUGGAAUUCAAAAUGUUCGCUUGCAACUUAAAGCAUAUCAAACACUCUUGAAGUUGAGGUACCACUGUACUCUGGAAGUUUGCACAACAUAAUACAAAAGCCAAAAGCAGUGAAGUUGUGACGUUGUGUAAAUGGUAAACAAAAAGAGAAUACAACUUCAACUUAUAUUCAAUUGAACAGACUGCAACACAUUGCAAAAAAGUUGUCACAGGGGCAUUUUUACCAGUGUGUUACAUGGCCUUUCCUUUUAACAACACUCAGUAAAGGUUUGGGAACUGUGGAGACACAUUUUUGAAGUGUAAUUCUUUCCCAUUCUUGCUUGAUGUAGAGCUUAAGUUGUUCAACAGUCUCCCUUCUGACAUUUUAGCCUUCAUAUUGCACCAAACAUUUUCAAUGUCUGGACUACAGGCAGGCCAGUCUAAUACCCACAUUCUUUUACUAUGAAGUCACACUGUUGUAACACGUGGCUUGGCAUUGUCUUGCUGAAAUAAGCAGGGGCAUCCAUGAAAAAGAUGUUGCUUGGAUGGCAACAUAUGUUGCUCCAAAAGCUGCAUGUACCUUUCAGCAUUAAUGGUGCCUUCACAGAUGUGUAAGUUACCCAUGCCUUGGGCACUAAUUCACCCCCAUACCAUCACAGAUGCUGGCUUUUCAACUUUGCGCCUAUACCAAUCCGGAUGGUUAUUUUCCUCUUUGGUCCGGAGGACACUACAUCCACAGUUUCCAAAAACAAUUUGAAAUGUGGACUUGUCAGACCACAGAACACUCUUCCAUUUUGCAUCAGUCCAUCUUAGAUGAGGUCGGGCCCAGCGAAGCCAGCAGCGUUUCUGGGUGUUGUUGAUGAAUGUUUUUCGUUUUGCAUUGUAGAGUUUUAACUUGUACUUACAGAUGUAGCGAUGAACUGUAGUUACUGACAGUGGUUUUCUGAAAUGUCCCCGAGUCCAUGUGGUGAUAUCCUUUACACACCGAUGUCGCUUUUUGAUGCCGUACCGCCUGGGGAUCAAAGGUCACAGGCAUUCAAUGUUGGUUUUCAGCCUUGCUGCUUACGUGCAGUGAUUUCUCCAGAUUAUCUGAACCUUUUGAUGAUAUUACGGACCGUAGAUGGUGAAAUCCCUAAAUUCCUUGCAAUAGCUGCUUGAGAAAUGUUGUUCUUAAACAAUUUACUCAAGCAUUUGUUGACAAAGUGGUGACCCUCGCCCCGUCCUUGUUUGUGAAUGACUGAGCAUUUCAUGGAAGCUGCUUUUAUACCCAAUCAUGGCACCCACCUGUUUCCAAUUAGCCUGUUCACCUGUGGGAUGUUCCAAAUAAGUCUUUGAUGAGCAUUCCUCACCCUUCUCACCCUUUUUUGCCACUUGUGCCAGUUAUUUGGAAACAUUUUGCAGGCAUCAAAUUCCAAAUGAGCUAAUAUUUGCAAAAAAUAACAACGUUUCUCAGUGUGAACAGGAAAUAUCUUGUCUUUGCAGUCUAAUCAAUUGAAUAUAAGUUGAAAAGGAUUUGCAAAUCAUUGUAUUCUCUUUUUAUUUACCAUUUACACAACGUGACAACUUCACUGUUGAUAUUAUUUGUAGAUAUUAUCCAUCACAAAGUAGUAUGAAGGACACAGACAUUCGUAACACUCGCAUUAGAAACAUUUUAACAGCACAUUCAUGCUGGGUUGGCAUAUUCAAUAAGGACAAAGAGUGCCGCUCUUUUAUUUAAGCGGUGUAGCGAAGCCUGCCCGAACGUUCAAAUGUGACUAUUUGAGUGGAUAAAACGAGGGAUGUUAGAGUUUUUCUCCCGUGCGGUGGUCUCAAACAUAUUUUUGGGGCACAUAUUGCGGUAAUAGACAGUAUUGUGGUCAUGUAGAGCUACAUUGUGACUAAACAAAAUAAUUACAUCAUAUUACAGAACUGCAACCGCAAUUAUUCAAGACUGAGCAAUACUACCUUUGUAACCGCAUAUUUUUAAUGUACAACCGAAGCAGGUGUACCGAAUAUUGCGAGUGCUAGUGACUGUAAAUGUAAACGAGCAACGGUGCAAAAAAAGCUUUUCAAGUUCCCAUCAACGUGCGGGAGGAUAAAAAAGAGAUUAAAAAGAUUGUAAAAGUGCCCUCUGGAAGCCAGGUAGCAGACGCCUCAUUAAUAGUUGUUUAGCAGCUGAGAGUGUUCCUGACUGGAAUUACUUUAUUCACUCACAGGUCACAACAUUAAGUACACCUCAUUAGGUUCAAUACAAGAAGUACAUGUGCAUCAUACUAAGAGGUGGGGUUUUUUUGUGCAUAUUUAUGGUUGCCUGUAAAACCAAAAUGUUAGAACAAGCUCCGAGUAUGAUGAUUUUUAACAGUUAACGUAUUGGAUUAGUGUACCUCAAAAAAAAAAAAAAAAGGCCAGUGAGUGAAAUGUGAAUGCACUGACUUGGACUUGCUGCUGUUCUACUGCACUAUACACACAGGGAGUCCCUUGUUUCCCUCCUCCUUCUGAGCUGGAGGUUUUACGACACAGUGAUGUUCAAAACAAAAAGAAGAAGACAUAAUAUUACCGACAGUAUUCUGUGUAUGAUACCGUGAGGGAUGCUCUUUUUUAAUAUACUGUAGAUAUUGUUAAGUAUGAGAUGUCUAGUAUCAAAUAAUGUCUCUAAAAACUGGACUGUUUAUUGCAACGUGGAGAAUAAAAAGUGUUUUAAAGA